GUGCACAAAAUCAACCUACAAAAUCAAUCACACAUUAAAUACAUUUUAGGCCCUGCCCCUACUUUUGCUUAUGCACUGAUGGGUGGUGCAGAAGAUUAUACAAUACUGCAAGUCAAUAAAAGGGGUUGACAUAGCAAUAAAACUGACUGGGCUCAGAAAAGGGGUAAACAGGAGUAACGUCAUGUGGACAUGUUUAGAGAUCAACUUUCUCUUGCUCAUGUAUUUCAUGUUGUUGUAUUUGUACUUUUCUUCUGCUAUGUCCUCCCCUCUUUAUUCAUCCUCCUCCUGCCAGUUACAGGGACAGUUUCAUCUGAAUGGGAUGCACAAAGCUGGAGAUGUGGUUCUCGGUGGACUGUUUCAAAUCCACUUCUUUUCUGUCUUUCCUGACCUGUCUUUUACCUCAGAGCCACAACAGCCUUCCUGCCAUGGUUUUGAUGUUUUAGGAUUCAGGCAGGUCCAGACCAUGGCCUUUGCUAUUGAUGAGAUCAACAGAAACCCCAACCUGCUACCCAAUGUGACUCUGGGAUACAGCCUUUAUGAUAACUGUGUCAAUCUAGGGAUUGGAUUCCGUGCAGCGUUGUCGUUAGUCAGUGGUCAAGAAGAGCAGUUCAUAUUAGAAGAGACCUGUGAAGGAUCCCCUCCAGUCCUAGGGGUUGUGGGUGAUUCUUCCUCUACACGUUCUAUUGCCAUCUCCACUGUCUUAGGUUUGUACAGAGUACCCAUGGUGAGUUAUUUUGCAACAUGUUCCUGCCUGAGUGACCGGCAGAAGUUUCCAUCCUUCUUUAGGACGAUCCCAAGUGAUGCUUUCCAGGUGCGUGCUAUGAUUCAGAUUCUAAACCGCUUUGGCUGGACUUGGGCAGGUCUGCUGAUCAGUGACGAUGACUAUGGACAUCACGCUGCCCGUUCCUUCCAGUCUGACCUGGCUCAGUCUGGUGGAGGCUGUCUGGCCUACUUAGAAAUUUUGCCCUGGGGCUAUGAGCAAGCUGAACUAAAGAGGAUUGUGGAUGUGAUGAAGAAGUCCACAGCUCGUGUGGUCAUAGUGUUUGCACAUGAGAGUCACAUGAUUAACCUCAUGGAAGAGGUGGUGAGGCAAAAUGUGACGGGCCUGCAGUGGAUGGCAAGCGAAGCUUGGACAGCAGCUGCUGUGCUCCAGACCCCCCACCUUAUGCCAUACCUUGGUGGCACACUGGGCAUCGCCAUCCGUCGAGGAGAAAUACCAGGGCUCAGGGAAUUCCUCCUACAAACACGUCCUGACCAACACCACGACAACAGAUAUGGAAAUAGCACAGUAAACCAGUUUUGGGAAUACACAUUUCAGUGUAGAUUUGCACCACCUCCAGCAGGUUGGUUAGAAGCUGGGGGAGCAUUAUGCACUGGACAGGAAGAUCUGGAGAAUGUGGAGACUGAGUUUUUGGACAUUUCAAACCUCAGACCAGAGUAUAAUGUGUACAAGGCUGUGUAUGCUCUGGCGUACGCCCUUGAUGACAUGCUGCAGUGUGAGCCAGGGAGAGGGCCUUUCAGCGGGCACAGCUGUGGAAAUUUGAAAGGACUGGAGCCAUGGCAGCUUGUGUAUUACUUGCAAAAAGUCAACUUCACCACACAAUUUGGUGAUCAAGUCUCAUUUGAUGAAAAUGGUGAUGCCUUACCAAUAUAUGAUAUCAUGAACUGGCUGUGGCUCCCUGAUGGAAGAACUAAACUUGUGAAUGUGGGUGAGAUUAAGAGAUCAGCCUUCAAAGGAGAAGAACUCACGAUUGAGGAAGACAAAAUCUUCUGGAACUUUAAAUCAAAAAAGCCACCAAAAUCAGUGUGCAGUGAGAACUGUCCUCCAGGUACUCGCAUGGCCAGAAGGACAGGGGAACCUGUGUGCUGUUUUGACUGCAUCCCUUGUUCUGAGGGAAAGAUCAGCAAUAAGACUGACUCCAUGGAGUGCACCAGUUGUCUAGAGGACUAUUGGUCCAGCCCCCAUCGUGACCGCUGUGUUCUUAAGACAACAGAGUUCCUCUCCUACCAUGAGCCUCUGGGUAUCUGCUUGACAGCCACCUCAUUGCUGGGAACAUUUAUCUGCACUAUUGUCCUGGGGAUCUUUAUCCAUCAUCGCAGUACACCUAUAGUACGCGCCAACAAUUCAGAACUGAGCUUCCAGCUGUUGCUGUCACUUAAGUUAUGUUUCCUGUGUUCACUGCUGUUUAUCGGCCGUCCCAGUCUAUGGACAUGCCAGCUGAGACAUGCAGUAUUUGGGAUCAGCUUUGUGCUUUGCGUCUCGUGCAUCCUGGUGAAAACCAUGGUGGUUCUGGCUGUGUUCAAGGCUUCCAAGCCAGGAGGUGGAGCCAGUCUGAAGUGGUUUGGUGUUUUGCAGCAGAGAGGGACAGUUAUUGUUCUCACUUCUAUUCAGGCAGCAGUCUGCGCUGCCUGGCUUGUAUCUGCCUCACCAGCUCCUCAUAAAAACACUCAAUACUAUAAUGACAAGAUAGUUUAUGAGUGUGUAGUUGGGUCCACUGUUGGGUUUGCAGUGUUACUGGGCUAUAUUGGCUUACUGGCUAUCCUCAGUUUUCUGAUUGCAUUCAUAUCAAGGAAUCUUCCAGAUAGUUUCAAUGAGGCCAAAGUCAUCACAUUCAGCAUGCUGAUCUUUUGUGCUGUGUGGGUGGCCUUUGUCCCUGCUUAUAUCAGCUCUCCAGGCAAAUAUGCAGAUGCAGUGGAGGUAUUUGCAAUCUUGGCCUCCAGUUUUGGCCUCUUGUUGGCACUGUUUGGACCCAAAUGUUACAUAAUCCUGCUGAAACCAGAGCAGAACACAAAGAAAGCAAUCAUGGGACGGGGCACUGAAUAAUAAAACUGCAAUUAAUUUCAUGAGAUGGAAUUAAUCUUUUUUCUCUACAUAAUACAAAAAUACAGGUAGAAAAGUAGGCUAAUAGUAGGCUUAUAUCUUUGUUAACAUACUGAGAAAGCAGGACUGAUGCCAAAAAAAAAUAUCUGAAUAGGAAAUCUCUUACCACUUGGAUCACGUGUGAGAAUACUUAAACACAAGUUUUUCUUUCCAGGAUGUAGUUGAAAUGCAAAGUAUUUGCAAUUCAAAUGCUAUUAUUCCUUUCAAACAUUUAUUGGUGUAAGUUAAUCUUAGACCUGAUUAUUUUUUACUUUCCCUGAAUAAAGUAUGCUAAAUAUUUCUGUU